UUUAAUUUAUAAUAUAUAAUUCUAACACAAAACCCUAGCAAAGGGUAUAAUUGGAAAUUAACGUAAAAAAUUAAGAUCAGAGAGCUAGGCGGCAAUCCAACUAUAAAUUGGCAUCAAAACCCCAAUUAAUUGUUCCGCCUCUUUAAAAGCCCUAAUAUUUUUCUCUCUUCUCAGACGGUCCUCCUUAAACCCUUAAACCUUUAAACGUCGUCUUCAAUGGCAAACAUGCAGUUCUGGGGUGUUGACGUGAAGGCCAAAGAGCCUGCAAAGGUUACAGUUGAUGAGGGUCAAAUUAUUCAUCUUUCUCAGGCUACUCUAAGUGAGUUGAAGAAGGAUAAUGAGCCUGUAUUGAUUCAUGUUAAGGUUGGCGACCAGAAGCUAGUGCUGGGAAUGCUUAAUCAGACUACCCCUCAGUUGUCCUUUGAUUUGGUAUUCGAUCAGGACUUUGAAAUUUCUCACAACUGGAAGAAUGGAAGCAUUCACCUCCUGGGAUAUCAAACUGAGAUGGAUGAUGGAGAUGCUGAUAUGUUCCCAGAUUCGUCUGAUGAUGAAGAAGUUCCUGUCUUGCAGAAAGAAAAUGGUAAACCUGCUGAGGCUUCCAAGAAAAAGGCUGUUGCAAAGCCAGCAAAAGAUGACAAGCCAAAGCCAGAGGAGAAAGAUGAUUCUGAUGAAGAUGACAGUGAUGAUGAUGACGACGAAGAUGAUAGCGAUGAUGAAGAUGAAUCUGAUGAGGACAUGAUGGGCAAGAUUGAUGACAGUGAUGAAGACGAUGAUGAGGAUGAUUCUGAUGAGGAAUCAGAGGAUGAGAAACCAGCAAAGGUUGCAUCAGGUAAGAAAAGACCAAAUGCUGAAGCUAAGACACCUGAGGCAAAGAAGGCUAAAAUUGCUACCCCUCAAAAAACAGAUGGAAAGAAGAACGUUCACACAGCAACCCCACAUCCAUCAAAGAAGGGUGGCAAAUCUCCUGGUGGUGACAAGGCAACUCCCAAGUCUGGUGGCCAACUAUCUUGUGGCUCUUGCAAAAAGACCUUUAACUCAGACAUUGCUCUGCAAUCUCACAACAAAGCCAAGCAUGCUGGCAAGUAGAUGUUUAAAGUCUUCUUAUGGGGUUGUGUGAAGGAGGGAACAGCUUAGUCCCAAUUUUUGUUGUCCUUUUUUAUCCUGUCUUACAUUUUUUGCUUUUUUUUUUCUUUCAUUUUGGGGGAGGAAUGGAGUAUGGAGUGAUUUUUGUGGAGGAUGUUAGCUUAUAUUAAGUAGAAAUUAUAUCAAGUAAUCCGUGGUAAAAGCAAAAAAAUAUUUAUGUGGAAAUAUUUGAGGCCUAAUGAAUUUUAUGUUUCGUGAGUCGUGAACAAUUGCCAUCAA